AGGGAACAGUUACUAUUUGCUGUCUUUUUCAUGCUCCCUACUGUCCUCCAAUGAUAAGCGAGAGAUUGCGGAUUUCAACCAACCAGAUGACACGGUGAGUGGAGCCACCCCCUCUUGCCGUUGCAGGCACAUGGGUGAUUAAACGGGAUAUCUGGUUUUUAUAUUUGGAUGCGUCUCAAUUUACCGAAUCCGCCCAUGUAACACUUCCGCAUCUGCGAUAACAGAAAACAUCGGUCUUCUCACAAAAGCGUCUGUAGCCUCCGAACGGUUUGGCCUAAACCCUAAUAUGACUCAUCUGUGUAAAGUUAAGACUAGCACGAACACGUCGGUUGUUUUGCUCUAGGAGGCUCACAAGACGCGUAGGUUCCUGGUACCAGUAGAAAAAAAUAAUGGGUUAAAUACAUGCAAAAAUUAAAAAUGUUUCCUGAUCUUUCUUAUAUCUCAGAUACAGGACAGACAAUUUAGAACAAACUUCCUUUAGAUUUUUUUGGUGGGACUAUAUGUUCCGUGUAGUGAAUAUGUUAUUCCAUGUGUUUUUAUGGUCUAACAGCAGUAAGGACAAACAAAUUAUGCCAUCAAAAUCGAAUUAUUUUUUUAAAUAUAUUUUUUGGAUACUUGAAGGGGUCUUAAAAGUGCUGCAAAUAUAUUAGUCCCGCAAAUAACAGCGACGACGCUAAUAAAUGUGUAAACUCUGCUCAGUUGUGUUCUGUGGGUGUCACUGAGUAGACUGAUACCCCAUUUCAUUGAUCCACAAUCCAUAGGUACAGUUAACUGUAUGCCCCAAUGCAAUCCUGAAGACGUACAUAUCUACACUGCGAUUUCACAUUUUUGUCAACUUAACUAAUUAUUGUAUUUUGUUGCAUUCAUGUAACAUUCCCAACCUUGUUCAGAAUUACUUGGUACAAAUAUGGCACGAUUCCACUAUCUGUGGCCGUUUGCAUCACUUUCAAUUAAGGACUUUUAUUUUGAAGGCGAUCUUCAAAUUCUACUGCUGUGACUAAUCCUUAUUGUGGCUAGCUUCACAUAGGUGCUGGCGUGUAUGUACUUCAACCGCACAGGAGUGGCUUAUUCACCGUCUGCCGAAGUUCUAAACGGAAAGGGUUCAACACCUGCCAAUAGGAUCCGUCUGAGGUCCCUACUGAGGUAGAAUUUAUCCGUCUGAGAAACCAGCACAUGAUGUCUUCGUUCACCCGUGAAAAACUGUCUUUGCACCUGCGGCGCAGAAUGGCGGUGUUUGUGAGCAGAGUGAAAGCCACAGAGCUCAUGGCCAAUCUCCCUUGCCUUACACCUUCUGACAAGGAGGAGAUCCAGGCCAAGAAGGACUUUUCUGGUAACUAUGCAGCCAUGCAACUCCUGCUGGACUAUGUACAGAAGAGAAUGAACUGGCCAGAAGAGUUGAUGUCAGCCCUGGAGCUGUUGGAGCAUCAGGAUCUGGCUGAUGAACUGAGGGCAGAGUGGAACAAGCACAACCAGAACAAUCCCUACCCUCCUUCAGCUGUUGCUACCACCGCAGCCAGGACCCAUGUUCAUCCAAUUCCUUCUACCAGCUCUGAGGGGUCGCCAUGUUCUCUGGUCCUCCCAGGUCAGCCAGCCCCACCGGAGGUCGCUGCCCCACCUGAGGCUUCACUCCCUCCUGAAGUAGCCCCAGAGGUUUUGCCACGUCCUGUAGUGGCUGCCCAGCCAGAAGCCCCCCCAAGCUCAGUUCCCAAGGCUCCCAUGGCUGGCUCCUCUUCAGAACAUGCCCCCAAAGCAGCAGUGAGCCCUGAAAUAGCCUCAGAGGCAGCACCUUCUCCUGUUGCUGCCCCUCAGGCAGAGCCCCAGGCAGCCCCCCCGUCUCCUGUCUCAGUGGAGGAGCCCACAGUGAUCUCUGAACCUCCAGCCUCAUCCCAGCCUGGUCCUAUUGAAACCGUCACUCUGGAGGACGACUUGUGUCAUAGUGAUGCUCCAACACAGAUAGCCCUGUCUGAAACCACUCCUACCUUGUCUGGUUCACACCUAAUCCCAGUUGUAUCUGAAAUCACUCCCACGUUGCCUGUCUCACACCUAGCCCUGUCCCAAACUGAAUCCACCCCCACCCCUGCUGCCUUGGCCGCAUUCCAGUCCCCUGAGAGACGGCCAGUUCAGGACACCUCGCCACACACAGUCAAAGUUCCUACCUUCCACCAGGAGGCUGUGGAGAACUCUGAUCCAACCCAGGUGACUGAAGAUGUGCAACACACUGAGCCGUCUCAGAGCCAGCACUUUGCCACGGCCCCAGCGGAUGACGUGAACUUUAGCAAGCCUGAAGUCCUCCGCAGUGAGGUCAUGGACAGCCAGCCGUACUCAGGGGACUCAACGCGUCUACAGAGGUCUGUGUCAGACCUUGUACUUGCUACAGCUGAUGUGAACAGUCCUGUUGUCGUCCCCGACCCCGUCACUACUUCCACCCCUCUGCCAUGUCAGGAGAAUGGAGUUCCUGAGGAAAUAAUUGAAUCCCUGUCCCAUAACGAGCCCCAAGAGGACACCUACGAGUCCCUCUGCCUGAGCUCCCUGGGGGACCAGGAGGUGCUGCUCAAUGUUGUUCACGUGUCUGAGGACGCGUCCAUCCAGAACAACGACGGCCAGACACCGAGCAUGCUGGGUAUUGUAGUCCACGUGUCCGAGGAGCCAUCUAUCUGGAAUCAAGAUGGCCAAACACAGAGCAUGCUGGGUAAUAAUGAUGUGGGUGUGUCUGGAACCCCCUUACCAGUUCCAAACCAGCACGGCCAGUCUCCGGGUGUGAUUAUGAUCGUUAACGGCCAAGACGCCAGCCCUUCAACCAAACAUCCUGAUGCUCCUCCUCCAGCUCCUACUGCCCUCAUCGUCAACGGCUCUUCCUCGGCUGAGAACCGUCAUCCACUGGAGCCUAUGGGGGCAGAGGUCAUGGUGGAGGCUAGAGCUGUUCCUGAACUGAAUCAGGAGGUAGCGAUAGGAGUGAGAUUCUAUCUUCUGGGGGCUGCUGUAGUGGCCGUCUCGCUGUUCAUGGCCUGGAGGAUGAGGAAAUAACAGCCAGGGUUUAGGAUAGGUUGUUUCAAAUGGCACCAUGUUUAUAUAUAAAGGCAAAGUGAGUAACCUUGUGUUUGGCAACUGUCCUUUUGGGCGGUUCUGGCCGAUCUACUGUAUCUGUAGUGUGAGGCAGCUUGAAAAAUAAUUACACAGCCUAGACAAAGUAUUGCACUAUAUUGGAAAUGGGGCCACAGCAAAAGUACUGCAAAAAAACCACAAAAUAUUAUAGUUCAAUAUGUUAAGAGAUUAUUAUAUUGGUUCAGUCGCUUAUUGUAUUGAUAGGAGUGAAGGAGCUGAAAUUAACUAUUUAUUAGGUGAGUCAAUGAGUUCAACCCAAUUAACACCUAAAUAUACUGAGUGAACAAAACAUUAAGAACACCUGCUCUUUCUAUGAUAUAGACUGACCAGGUGAAAGCUAUGAUUCAUUAUUGAUGUCACUUGUUAAAUCCACUUCAGUCAGUGUAGAUGAAGGGGAGGAGACUGGGAUAAAGGAAGGAUUUUUAAACUCUGAGA